GUCAUGGGAGCGUAAAACUCAAUAAGAGCGGUAAAUAGAAGUACUGUUUCUUCUACCGGCCAUGAAAGCCGGCGAAAACCUGGUACAUUUAUGAUCAAUGCAGUCAGAAGUCGUCAGUAGAGGAGGUCCAACUUUUUGACAAUGGAAGCUACUAUUCAGAGCCCCACUAAUUAUCUCUAUGAUUGCGAAAGCCACGUCUGUUCUGGAUCGCUCUACAGGCCGCUUUUGGCAUAAGUAUACCUGAUAGCCACCCUAUUCUCGACAUACUUGCUACCUAUCUAUUCAGCUUCAUAAGGUUCACAAUGAGGCACUUGUCAGUUCUUGCUCUAGUAGCGCUCCCUUUCCUGUCCUCAGCUCAAUUGACCACGACUGUCGGGCCAACAACUUCGCUUGCAUCCAAGUCGAAGGUUUGUAACGUCCUCUCCUACGGUGCGAAGGCAGAUGGACAAACAGACAUCGGCCCUGCAAUCCUCUCCGCCUUUAACAAUUGUGCCAAAGACGGAGGCGCUACCAUCUACAUUCCUCCUGGAGGUUACGUGCAGAACACUUGGAUCACACUCAAUGGUGGUAGCAGUUAUGCACUCCAAAUAGAUGGUGUCAUAACUCGCACAGGGACAGCAGGUGGGCAUAUGAUCAUCUUCUCCGGUGCAACCGACCUCGAAGUCUUUUCCAAGACCAGCAGAGGCGCUAUUCAAGGAGCGGGAUAUAAAAUGCAUAAUGGCAAGAAAGGACUUUAUGGACCACGAAUUUUCCGAUUCACGAGAUGCACCAGUUUCUCCGUCCACGAUCUGGCUCUCAUUGAUGCCCCAGCUUUUACACUCAUUGUUGAGAAAGGAUCGCGUGGUGAACUCUACAACCUCGUGAUCCGCGCGGGAGAUGAAGGCGGGCUAGAUGGUAUUGACAUCUGGGGCGACAACAUUUGGGCUCACGACAUUGAAGUGACAAACAGGGAUGAAUGUGUCACAGUCAAGUCACCUGCUUCCAACUGUCUUAUCGAGCGCGUUUGGUGCAACCAAUCAGGUGGUUCGGCUAUGGGGUCUCUUGGUGAAGGCACCGCUAUCUCCAAUAUCGUCUACCGCAACAUCUACACAUGGGCAAGCAACCAAGCAUUUAUGAUCAAGUCGCAAACUGGCGGUAGCGGUUAUGUUCGGGACUGUCUAUUUGAAAAUUUCAUUGUGCAUGGCACCGCUUACACCCUUAAUAUUGACCAAUACUGGAGCGGACUCGAACCAGGAUCGGCUUCAACGGGAGUUCAGCUCACUGGUCUGACCUUUAGAAACUGGUCGGGUACUGCAGCGGAUGGCAAUCAGAGAUCUCCCAUUCAGAUUCUGUGCUCUGAUGCGGCCCCUUGCACAGAUAUCAAUCUAGAGGAUAUGAGUCUUUGGACUGAUGCAGGGUCGAGUGUGACGUACAAGUGCAGGUCUGCCCAUGGCACUGGAGCUUGCUUAAAAAGUGGAACAGGAGCGUAUGCAGCUGUUUCGCAAACGGUUAAUUCUCCUCCGGCAGGAUACAGGGCCCCAAAGAUGUCCGGGGACCUGGGCUCAGGAUUUGGUCUCUCUUCUGAGAUCCCAAUUCCCCGUCUCCCUACAAGCUACUUUCCUGGUCUGGGGCUCAUAAAACCUUUGAUGAGUAACUAAGGCAUGUGGUGGUUGACUGAUUGGCUUACGAUUCUUUCUGUUCUCUUCCAUUCCCUAUUGGGUGGACCUACUUAUAGACGCAUACCCUUCAGAAAAGUUUAGACUGAUUGUAUCUCUCACUUCGCUUUGGGGCUAGCCACAAUUGUCAGGGUAUUACGCGUGAGAUUUAUGUGGAAUACCUUUGUCCAUGGCUUGACUAUCUUAAAAAAGCGAUAUUGCAUGUAUCAAGUCCUCCUAGCCUAUGGACAUAGCCGAAUCUGCCACACUAGUAGCUUCAUUAGAGAUUUGUUGGCAAAUAAUUGGUACUAAACUUCCGGAGAUGAGAAAUUUACCUGUUCAUUCUGUCGAUUAUCCGUUCUUCAAAAGGAAAUACAUGUAUCUGGUACUGUACCAAUAUUCAACCUCGUUGUUGUUU